CUCAUUAUUCUUUGAGUGCAAGAAUAAAAACCCCAAGGAAAAUUUACUUGAUCAUUUUUCAUUCCAUCCAUCCUCUCGUCCAUAAUAAUCUUUGUUGAAUAUUUUGUUAUCCUUAACCAAGAUGGCAAAAAACUUGAAUCAUCCAUCUCUAAUCUUCACAAUUCUUGUUCUAAUCACCAUGCCAAUUGGUCAAUGUAUGGUUUUUCACUCCAAUGACGAGACACUAAUUCAAUCCACAUGCAACCAAACAAUAUAUCCAAAUCUAUGUGUCCAAAUCCUCAAUUCAUACCCAAGUAGCAGAAAUGCUGACCUCAGAGGGCUAGCACUAAACAUGGUUGAUUUCAUGAAAUCAAGAUCAAUUGUUGCAGUGAACAAGAUUCAUCGACUCCAACAAGGUGCUACUGGUAGAUUUAAGGGUGCCUUGGAUUCAUGUAUUGGCCAUUACAACGACGGAAUCUUAAAGGGUGAUGUGCCAGAAGCCAUUAGCGGAAUUCAGUUUAAUAACCCUAAAUUUGCUGAAAAUGCUGUUGCUGAUGCAGCUAACGAGGCUUACUUGUGUGAGCAAGAGUUCAAUGGUAAUUCACCAUUAAACAAUGAAAACAAAGCUGUGCGUGAUGGUGCAAAUAUGGCUAGAGUUAUUGUUAGAAUGUUGUAUUAGAUACUCAAAAAUUAAAUAUUGUAAUAAUCUUCGAAUAAAAUGUU